CACUUGGUUGGAAAGGGUCAGCAUGAGGACUGGUGCACACCAGUAAGGAGGGGGAGGACCUACAGGCAGAAUAUUUAAGAUGCUGAUCCAGAGCAGGACUUGAGGAAAACAGGACAGAGCCUGAGUUAGCAGCACUACAACGUUGCCUUUUGACUUCUUUUAGAAACAGAAGCUCUUUAAAAAACAUUUUAAAAAAGCAUCAAGUCUAAAAGGAUUAACAUAUCCAGACAUGACUAAAAUCAAUCUGAGCAUCCUAGCUUUAGGCAUCACACUGCUCCUGCUAGGGACCGGGGCCCAGAACCCCAAGAAGAGGCCAGCUCCCUCCAAGCCCCCUAAGGUUCAGUGCUGCGAUGAGGUGCGCUCGCUCAAGGUCCAGGUGGCCAACCUGACUAGCCUGCUCGAGGAGUUGGGUCGCAAGCAGAAGACGGACAUGAUGAAUGUUGUGAGGCAAAUCAUGGAGCUGGACAAGCAAGACCACCAGCUGGAGGGCCGGGUCACUGAGGCGGAGAGCAAGUACUCAGAGAUCAACAACCGUGUGGAGAUCAUGCAGCUCCAGACUCUGCAGUCGGCAACCCAGACUUCCUCAGAUGCCACAUAUGACUGUGCAUCCCUUUAUGGAAAAAGCUACAAGAUCUCUGGCGAGUACAAGCUCCCUAAAGACGAGUUUCUGGGUGCACCUGAGCUCAGCGUCUUCUGCGAUAUGGAGACAAACGGAGGGGGUUGGACUCUGAUUCAGCGGCGCAAAAUUGGCCUGACUUCCUUCAACCGAGACUGGAAGCAGUACAAAAACGGCUUUGGAUCCAUUCGCGGAGACUUCUGGCUGGGCAAUGACCACAUCUUCCGCCUAACGAGGCAGCCCAGCACACUGCGGAUCGAGCUGGAGGACUGGGAGGGACAGACACGCUAUGCUGAGUACGGCUUUUUCACUGUGGGCAAUGAACUCAACAGCUACAAGCUCUUCAUCGCCAACUACAGCGGGAACGCCGGAGACUCCCUACGCUACCACAACAACACCAACUUCAGCACUAUGAACAAGGACAACGACAAAUGCGUGGAUGACUGCGCUGCCCUGCGCAAAGGUGGUUACUGGUACAACUGCUGCACCGACUCCAACCUGAACGGCAUUCUUUAUCGCUACGGUGAGCACACAAAGGGCACCGACGGGAUCACUUGGUACGCCUGGCAUGGCCCCAACUACUCCCUGAAGAGAGUGGAGAUGAAGGUCCGGCCAGCGGGUUUCCAACCCUAAACCUCAGCUGUGUCUACCGGAUCAAGAUCAUAAAUCUCUCUUAACACCUUUACGACCAAAUUGUGUUUUCAACUUAAGAGCAAAGAGUAAGAAGUUUUUGAUGGCCUGUUUUUACAGUCAAACAAUUUUGUGUUUGUAACUUGUUGGGGGGGGCG